AACUUUCGAUAUCGACCAACGUUUCACAGUUCAUUCGUUUAAUAACUUUUGUCUUGUUUUUAGCUAAUUCUAGCGUUAGUAGAAGAAGCAGACUAACCAUUUUUUACUUGACGGUUGAAAGAAAUGAUUUAUUCGCUUCAUCUUUGGGGGAUCUCUGUUAUCCAGAACCUGCAAAUAUGGUUUAAGGGCUAUGAUGGGAUGAUGCUUCUCUUAUCAAAUUUAGGGGAUCCAAGAUUUGCUUUCACGCUUUAUUUUCCUGUUGCCUAUUUUCUACACUCAACGGUCGGCAAAAGAGUACUUUGGGUUGCAGCUGUUUCUGAGUGGCUCAAUGCUAUUGCCAAGUGGCUCUUCCAUGGUGAGCGCCCAUAUUGGUGGAUUCAUGAAUCUGGGGCUUACAGCAAAGAAAAAAUGCCCUACCUGAGGCAAUACAACAUAACCUGUGAAACAGGACCAGGAAGUCCAUCUGGUCAUGCAAUGAUCACAUCAGCUGUCUGGUACAUCCUGAUCUCCGACUUUUUGUACUACAAACAAGUGCAAAGUAUUUUAGCUAAAUCAUUGUUUUGGAUUGGUUAUCUUUUAUUUAUGUGUUCUGUCUGUGUUUCCCGCCUGUUUGUUGCAACACAUUUCCCUCAUCAAGUGCUGGCUGGUGUAUUUGUUGGAAUUCUCUUAGGAAAGAUACUCAACUCGAUCUCUAUCUCAUCCCUGGUCUGGCACCAUUAUGUUCUGGCAUCAUUAGUUUUAUCAGCUGUAGCUGCUGCCACCUACAUUCUGGUGCUAGCUCUUGGCGUUGAUCCCAUGUGGUCUGUUCAGGUGGCUCUAAAAUGGUGUGCAUUUCGAGAAUGGGUGCAUCAGGACACAACUUUAUUUUAUUCAAUUAUUCGGGAUGUUUCUAGUUUGAUUGGCCUGGGUAUAGCAGUCACUUUAUUGGGCCCUAAGCAAGAAAAGUCUGAAAGUAUAUUUCGAGUAGUUGCACAAAUAAUAAUUUCUUUGUUACUGGUUCUCGUCACAGACAGGCUAAAACCUAGCCAAGACAACAUGCUUCUGUUUUAUGUUUUAGCAUUUUUUAAACAUUCCUUCACCAUUGUUUUACUUACUGUUGGUGUACCAACAAUAUUUGGACUCUGUUCUAAAAAAAAAGAUUAACAUCAAAUGUUUAAGGACAUUAUUGGAUGUAAUUAUUACAUUUUAGUGUCUUGUUUUUUAAACUAUUUAACAAACUUGUUUAAGCCUCAUGAACAAUGCUUUUAAAGUUCAAGGGAGAUUAUGAGACACUUUAAAAUAAAUGUGAGGCCCUGCUGGAUUUAAUUGUUUAAACUCUUGAAGAUGUUCCCUUGUUGUUUCAAAACAGUUGUUACCUUAUAAGAACAUAUCUGUGUACAUAUUGGUGGGCAUUAUUCAUAAAGGUUUUGAUGUAUAAAAAUUGUUCAUAU